AGUCUUCGGGUGGCUUCUUGAUAUUAAUAGAGCUGCUGUGUCUUCCUCCUCUGACGUAAUGCCUACAGCGUACAGAGAGACAGGCAGAGAGGUCCUGUCACAGCAAAGCGAUAACACUAGUCUGAACAAAAAAUAACAGAUAACGAGCUGCUCUGCUUUGGUUUGCUGUGGCCAGCAAAUCGUGGCUCUGCGCGGCUAAAUAACAUACUAUAACAUCGGAAUAUUGCACUACCAGAGCCAACCUCACUACUAAGCAGUCGGUAUCAGCUUAGUUGAAUGUGUUGCCGUGAAGCCUUAACUAUCUCUCUUUCCCUCUCAGACCAAAGAAAAAAGAGAGAGCCAAGACACUGUCACCCCGUCCGACAUCAUCAACAAACAAAAAGCCCACAAAGAGACGAAGCAGCCAGCCAAGCAGCCAGCCACCAUCUUAACAGGCUGCUGAAAGAGACACACACUGAGAGAAAAGAGGCUAAUGCUUAUUUUUGAUCAACAGGUUGUGAAGGGGACGCUGGACUCUGACAACCGUGACUGAGGGUUCAAACCAGAUCCAUAAGAAAAAGAAAAAAAAGAGCGGACAGCAAAAACCUACACAGUCCUCCCUAAACGGAUCUACUUGAUCAGACUCAAAGCUGUGUUGCCCAGCUGUUGAGCAUAAGAGGAGCCACAGCCCCGCAGCAAAGGUAGCCGCUGCUACGUGGAGUGUAAGACCUUCCUAAACAAAAGUCAAAGAAGCUGAAAAGUGUUUGCUCUGAUGUUCACGGACCUGUGUGGAGUUCGGUGGACCUGAUAGAGAGAUGGAGGGUUAUUAGUUGGGCCUGCCGCCUGGUUUCUGCUUCUUAUUAUCGUGUGGAGUACAGAGGGCCAGUAGCCGGACUGUUGGACGGACCGAGCCGCUUCCUCAGAGCUGAUGCCAAGGCCAGGAGUCCGCCAUGAUGUUUUUAUAACCUGAUGAUCAGCAGAGAGAUGGUGAGGAAGAAGAAUCCCCCUAUCCGGAGUGUGGGAGGUGAGGAGGAGGAAGAGGAAGAAGAGGGGAGGAGGCCAGCAGGAGAAGAGGAAGAGGAAGGAGAGGAGGAGGGGAGAGUAGGAGCGGAGGCCGAACGAAUAAACCGACCCUCCGAACCAGAGUCCUCCGAUCGGAUCAGAGGAGAUCAGGAGGAAGAGGAGGGGGAGAGCGAGUGCGUGUCCUCGUCCGUCUCUCCGUCAUCCGUCGGUGAGCCCUACAGCAAUGAAGAGAGGGGGGGGAGGAGGAGAAGGGGAGGGGGGAGAGCCAGAAAGGCGGGAGCGGCACUGACUGACAGACCCGAGAGCCAGUCGGAGGCUGAGGAUGGUGAGAAGGGGGUAGAGGAGGGGGAGAGGAGCGACAGAGACAGAGGGGAGGCCGACCAUCUCUCCGCUCCCCACCUCCUCCUCCCCAGACAGGAAGGAGAGGAGGAGUCGACAACCGCCACCCCUCCGCUGUCCUCCAGCCCCUCCCCCAAACUCCAGGACUUCAAGUGCAACGUGUGCGGUUACGGUUACUAUGGCAACGACCCCGCUGACCUGGUGAAGCACUUUAGGAAGUAUCACCUGGGUCUGCACAACCGCACACGGCAGGAUGCUGCCCUCGACACACACAUCCUGGCCCUCCACAACAUGGCCCCCCAACACACACCUCUAGAUAUACAGGCAGGACAGGGCCAGAGGAUCCAAGCCAAAGAGUUGGGGAAGACCAGACCAGAUGUGCACAUUCAACAGCACAGGGCUGUUAUGAUGAAUGGCACAUAUGACAUACAGGUGACGCUAGGUGGCACGCUAAUUGGGAUUGGCCGAAAGACCUCUGACUGCCAGGGGAACACAAAGUACUUUCGCUGCAAGUUCUGCAACUUCACCUACAUGGGCAGUAAUUCCUUAGAACUUGAACAACAUUUUGUGUCCUCGCAUCCAAACAAAGUUAAAACUCCGCCAACCACUCCCCUGCUGGCCUCCAAUAACCUGGCAACGCACGACAACCAAGGGAAGGGUAGGAGUCAAAUCUUGGACGGAGCCGAGCGAGUCGCAGUGAGAGCGGAAGACGAUUCCUUGGCUGGGUACUACAUCCCAGUCAGGGCGUGUUCUGAUUCGUCCAGCUGGACAGGGGAGCCGGGUCACGAUGCUGUGCAGACGUAUUAUUGGUGUAAAUUCUGUAGCUGGAGUUGUGAGUGGUCAGGAGGCUCAGAGAAGCUGUUAGAGCACUAUGAACAAAGACACAGAAUGAGCACGGGAGGGACGAUGAGCCCCAGUAACUCUAGCCCUGGGGGGGUGGAGAGAGAGAGGGACAGAGGAGGGAGGAGAGAAGGAGGAGAAAGAGGCCACGUCUCCUCCAAAAGCCGCAAAGAUCUAUCAUCCAACCCUUCCGGCACGAGCCAAGGAGACCCAAACAGCAGUGAUUCAGAAGCAGUCGUGACCAGUUAUAACUGUCAGUUGUGUGAUUUCCGGUACUCGAUGGCCCACAGUGCUGAUGUGAUCGUAGUAGCACCGUUACUACUGCACUACCAGCACAAUCACUCCAUCCACCGCUGCUGCAUUCAGCACUGCAUGUACUGUCCACAGGGCCUCUGUCAGCCCCAGAAGCACCUAGGGGAGGUGUCUCACCCCUUUGCCUGUCGGAAACCCACCUGCCCUAAGUGCUGCUCCAAGUUCUCUACGUCCACCAAGCAGCAGGACAGCGUGGGAUCAAAACCUGCCACCUCCACCUCCCCCAGCAUGACCCCUCCUUAUCCUCGGGGUGACUCUGGUGUGAUUUCAGGAUCAAGUUCUCACCUCUCUAACCCUGCACAUCCUGUCGUCACACAAGGUGUCACCCACUUAUGUGAUCAGUGUGCGUUUGCCACCACCGACAUCGACGUGUUGCUCCAGCACUACGAGAGCUGCCACACCCUGAUCAACCUGAAGGGGGCAUCCCUACAUGUCAAGGCUGAGGAAGAUGUCGGGGGCGACAAGGAAGGGGGGAGAGGAGAAGAGAAGGAGUACUCUUGUACAAAGUGUCACUUUAUCACAGAAGUGGAAGAAGAGAUUUUCAGACACUACAGGCGUGUCCACGCGUGUAGCCGUUGUCGACGCUGUGAUUUCACGGCUCCUGAUUCGUCAGCCCUCCUCGACCAUUUUAACUCGGCCCACUGCCAUGACUCCUCUCCCUCGCCAUUGACUUCCUUACCCACCUCACUCACGCCUUCGUUAACACUCCUAGCCAAUGGCUGCUCAGCUCCCUCUACCUUAGCCAUUAAAGAGGAAAGCAAGGGGGAUCUUCGCCUCCUUUACUCCCUUGCACCACCUGAGGGACGAUUGGCCGAAGGAGGCCGAGAGGAGGCAGGACAGUUGGUAAAAAGUGAGGGAGGUGAGGAGAAAGAAAGAGAGCGGGAGAAAGGCUGGGUGCUCGGGGAGACGAGAGGACUGGGAGAGAGAGGAGGUGAGCAGGCCCACGGGUUACUCUGGGUGCCAAAGGAGCGAAUGGGACCUGACAGAGGAGCAGGAGGUGGGAGCCCCUCUCUUUUCUCCUCCCCCCUCUCACUGUCAUUUGUUUCAGCCAAUCAUGAGGCUUUGCAGCAGAAAAGAGGCGUGACUUCGCCUAGCAUGGUUUACCUGGGAGACACCAAGUCAUUUUUGGGAGAUACCAAGUCACUUUUGGGAGAUGCCAGGCUGUAUGGAGGAGGAAGGCCAGGAGGAGCCACUGCGGGUGCAGGUGGAGGGGAGAAACAGAGCCGGAUGCACCCACAGUUCACUGGGGGAGGAGGAGGAGGGAGUGGAGGAGGAGGACAGGAGAAGGGAGGAGCCGCUAAAGAGGAGUCCCAAUCCCUUCUACGGCCAAAUCGUUCUCCUUUGUCUCAUUUACACCCUGAUUUAAGCUUUGAGCUCUGA